AUGGAUUUCAACAGUCUGAGAGACCAGGUUAGCAACCUGACCUUGUACGACAUCAAGGCAGGUGUGCGCAAAGUACAAAAUGCUGUUAUGAAUUAUACGGAAAUGGAAUCCAAGGUUCGAGAAGCUACGAAUAACGAACCUUGGGGCGCAUCAUCGACUUUGAUGCAGGAAAUUGCCAAUGGCACACACAACUACCAAUUGCUCAACGAAAUAAUGCCUAUGAUUUACAAACGGUUUACGGAGAAGACUGCCGAAGAAUGGAGACAAAUAUACAAGGCCCUUCAACUCCUAGAGUUCCUCAUCAAGAAUGGUUCCGAACGUGUUGUAGACGAUGCCCGUUCUCAUAUGUCUCUUUUGCGAAUGCUUCGUCAAUUCCAUUACAUUGAUAACAACGGAAAGGACCAGGGUAUUAACGUCCGCAACCGGUCACAAGAGUUGGCUAAGCUUCUUGGUGACGUCGAUGCCAUCCGUUCAGAACGCAAAAAGGCUCGUGCGAACCGUAACAAAUUUGGUGGCAUGGAGGGUGGCAUGGAGGGUGGCAUUGGCGGCGGAUUCUCUGGUCAGGGAAGUGGUAGAUAUGGUGGAUUCGGUAGCGACAGCUUUGGCGGGUAUAGCGGAGGAGUAUAUGGUGAUGGUGGCGGGUUUGGAGGCGCCAGUGCCAUCAGUGAUAUUAGUAGGGACUCGGGCAGGCGAAAUAAUCGGUUCGAAGAGUAUGAUGAAGAUGAUGAAUUAUCCACCCCGGUGCGAAGGAAAACAGAGCCACAAGCUCAGAAAACGGAACCGGAGCCACCGAAACCCCAAGAAGCCGACUUGUUUGAUUUCGGUGAUGAUGACGUUGUGCCAGUCUCGUCGACUGCUGCUGGAAAACAACCGGCUGGCAAUGGCUUGGAAGUUCUCGGUUCUGCAGGGGAUGAUGAUGACUUUGAUGACUUCCAAUCCGCAUCUCCUGCUGCUACUGCGCCAUCCACUCAAUUUUCCAGCAUUCCUGCUCCGGCGUCCACGGCAACAACCACAGCAAGUACUCAGUUCGCCGCUCCCAAGCCGGUAUCUGCAGCCCAAGGCGCGGGCUUGAGCGGCCUCGCUGGGUUCACAUCUGCGACCCCAACACCGACCAGCUCCGCACCGAUAUCACCACCUCUUUCCUCGGCUUCCUCGUUCGUUGCACCACAACAAAAGGCAGGGGCACCCCAGCAGCCCGCUAUUAAACUGAGCGGAUACCAAGCAGCAACACCAAAUUACUACACCUCGAUCAAUUCCGGCAUCAACCAGCCGUUGUCUCCCUCGUCAGGGGGCAGACCGGCACCUCAAAGUACUUCCUCAUUCGCAUCUCUGGCCUCUUCAACUCCAUCCUUGGCUGCUGGUACAACCAACCCGGCAGCCUCCAAAGCAUCCGGUGACGCUUUUGGAUCACUCUGGAGUACUGCCAGUGCUAGUGCAGGUAUCCAGAAGAAUGCACCCAACAAGGGACCGAAUCUGGCCAGCAUGGCCAAGGAAAAGUCAAGUGCUGGUAUCUGGGGCACUCCUGGUGUAGCACAGACAUCACAGCCACCGUCCCAGGCUCGGCCUAGUGGCGGCUCGGCGUUGGACGAUCUCCUUGGCUGA